ACCACAGAAGAAGAAGCGCUGCGGGGGGAAGAAUCAAAAUGUCUGCUCCUAAAAGCAUCCCGAAGGACGCUCAGGUGAUGAUCCAGAUCCUGAAGGACAUGGGCAUCACCGAGUACGAGCCCCGAGUCAUCAACCAGAUGCUGGAGUUCACCUACAGAUACGUGACGACCAUCAUCGAGGACGCCAAGAUCUACGCCACGCACGCCAAGAAGUCCACCGUGGACGCCGACGACAUCAAGCUGGCCAUCCAGUGCCGCAUGGACCAGUCGUUCACCUCGCCGCCGCCGCGAGACUUCCUGUUGGAGGUGGCGAGGCAGAAGAACCUGACCCCGCUGCCGCUGAUCAAACCGUACACGGGCCCGCGACUCCCCCCGGACCGCUACUGCCUGACGGCGCCCAACUACCGACUCAAGACCGUCCAGAAGAAGGUGACGUCGUCGGCCGGCAGGAUCUCGGUGCCUCGUCUCAGCAUCGGCGCCGUCUCCAGCCGACCGGGCACGCCGACCCUCGGAACCCCGUCUGUCCAUCCCGUCUCCACCAAAGUGGGAACUCCGGUGUCUCUGACGGGUCAGAGGUUCACGGUUCAGAUCCCACCCCCAUCCCAGACGGCCACCAUCAAAACCACGACGGCGUCCUCGCCCGCCGUCUCCAACGUGCUCAUCAGCCCGUCUCUGAUUGGCUCCAAGAACCUGCUCAUCACGGCCAACAUGGCGACGCAGAACGCCAGCGAGUCGCUGAAGAGGAAGCACGAGGACGAGGACGACUACGACGCUUUAUGACGGCGAGACUCCUUCUUUUUAAUAGAAUAAACACCUUUUUAAAUAACCGGAUCAUUCAGGACUAAGUUUUAGGAUUCUAGAACGUAUGUUGAACCCCCAGAAGACCUGCAGCUUCAGACUGGGAGUCCACCAGUGAGACCAGUGAGCUGUGAAUGCUGGAUUCAAACUGAAAAUCUGAUUUCCAAUAAACUGCGUUGAAAUAAAAAUGUCUUUUUUCUCCAAGAAACAUUGGACCUAAAA